UACGUUAGUGAUUAGUAUAUAAGACAGGCAUGAUCGUUCGGCAAUGUAAAGCGCAGAUUAUUAUUAAUAUUGUCAUUUGCGCGUGUUCUCGAGUUUCUUUUGUGCCAGUAACGCUAAAAAAUGUUUAAGAUGGUCCAAGGUGCUAUUGGUGUCGGAAAAAUGCUGUUUUUCUCCGUGUUUACUGCCGGAUUUCUUCGAUAUCCCAACGUCAACGCGCUCGUUGCGGAUAAACCGGCAUCCUGUGACGAUAUUUCCGGGAAAUGGUAUAAUCAACUUAACUCCGAAGUGGAAUUCCGACACGGGAAUGGUUUUCAGCUGCACGGAACGUACGGCUCAUACGUCAAUACCGCACAAACUCAUGGAAAUUCUUCCAGUGCAGAUGCGACUCGAGGACGACUGAUCGGCUUUAUCAAGGAUACCGCCCUAGGCUUCACAGUUGUGUGGGACACAUCAAGCACGAUGACUUCAUAUACCGGAAAUUGCUACGUGGACCAUGAACGCGGUACUGUACAGAUCAGAGCCGCGUGGCACUUGGUGGAGCGGCAAGAUUCCCUCGCCGAUUCAUGGAAGGGUGUCCGAUCGGGACAGGCUGUGUUCACCCGACAGAGACAACAAGCAUGCUUUUAAACUAAGCAACAUUGUAUCACCGCGAACGUCAAGGUCACGAAUAUGAAUAUCGAACAUAUUUGGUGACACUGACAGAAGAAUCACCAGAAAGACCCCAACCUGCCGUUUGCUAGCCAGAGCUUUUAGUGCUGGGUGUUUUGGGUCUCCUUACAUAAUAAGAAAUGUGGUUGAUGGGUACGGUAAAUAAAAUUUAAACACUCGUAAUUUCCGCCUGUAUGCGGCUGCACAUGCUGCUGAUAAUUCUGGCCAUAUUGGAAGAUUUAAUCGCUGUCUCGUGCAUUAUGCUAUGCUAUACUACGUACAGUAUAAUAUGGGUUUACUGUGUACUAAUUAACCACACAAAGACAGUAAAAUAUC